AACGUUAGCCAGCUAGCUAACCUUAGCUACUAGCCACCUAGCUAGAAUUCGUAAGAUAUCAUACAUUUAGAAAAUUCAUAACACAUUGUACAUUUUGCAUAAUGGGUGAUGGACAUCCACAAAUUAAUACAUACCAUACGAAACGUAACAUACUGUAUCAUACCAAAUGGACUGUCUCGGAUUAACGUACAGACUAAUACUAAAUGCUCUGUGACCAGGUUGAAUAUCAAUGAUUGGCAGUCUUAAUUCUUCGCCAAUUGAUCAUUGUGCCAAAUGUUUAGAUUUUUUUUUUUAAACGUAGAUAAUUUCCCUAUAGACAGAACAGCUAGGCCUGUCCAUCAAGCCUAGCAAGACAUUGCCACCCCCCAUCAGGUCUGAAAUUACUGGCAUUAGGCCUAUGUCAGGUUGUCUCCAGGGGGACGCAUGUCAAGAGAAAUGUCCCUGUCCAUGGUGCUGAAAUUGAGCCCGUUAUUUGCCGUGCAUAUUCUCAAAGUAGCCAAUAUGAUAUCGUAGGAACCCUGGCUGGAAUAAACAAGCUUUGGUGCCACCCCAACAUUUGUCUAACCAAAAGUACAGUCAUUUUAAUAUUCAUAAUAAAGACGCUCCUGUCCUGUCUCUGCCUUCGGACUACUGCUAUAUCGAUCCUGGCAAAAGUCGAUAUUGGGUACGGCCACUCCUUCCAAUAAGCUGCAUUCGAGUCGUACGAUCAUCUCGCGUGUUCCGGUCAUGAAGUCUUGUUUUCAUCAUACGACAGUAGACUACUGUACCAGCUCAACCAGCGCAACCCAACGGACGAUGGAGGAGAGAGAUGCUGCUCCUGUCGAAAUGUAUCGCUCUCCGUUACCAUACGUUACACAGAUGUAGGCUACAAUCUACUUGUUUAUGGUGACCUUGUUAUGAGUAUUUUGGCAAUAACUGUGACUGACGCAGCGAGAUGGUGCGGCAGUAACGAAGACAUAUUUAUCCUGUUGUAGCCUCCCAGGACGGUUGUGCGAUGCGUCGCUGAUCUGCAAUUGUUUCUGUAUAAAGGCUAUCAUUGAUUGAUUCGUCAUCUUUCGUUCUUUAAAAAACGUUGUCGCCUGCAAAUAAGGUUGGCUUGAGCUCAAUUAUUGGACGAAUAGCCUAAAUGGGUUUGGAACAUUCCUGGAAAACAAUCAUGUAUGGAUCAAAGGACUUGUUUAUAGCACUUAUGAAUUUCAUAUCGUAAUUCUGUGGGACUCCGUUCAACAUUAUCUAAAAUAGCACGGGUGCAGGACAGGUGUGUCAUCAUGGAACAUACAGGCUCCACCUUGGACAUGCAGAUGGAGAGUGUUGAGAGGAGUACAGUGUUUCUCAGACAGGAACAUCUCACCCUACUGCAUGGCCUACACCAGGAGAUCCUGUCCUUGCAGAAACGAUGCACCGAGUUGACAUGUGAGCUGAAUGUGAAGCCUCCAGGCAAGAGUGAACUGGACCUGGCGGAGGAGGAGGAGCAGUUGGAGGCCCGCUGUCUGGAGGUCGAAGAUCGCCUGGCCGAGCAGCAGUGCACCCUGGGAGAGCUGCGUAAGGAGCUGACUCACAAGGGGGCGCUGGUAGGCACGCUGCGGGCUAACCUCAAGGAGAAGGAGCGCCGCUUCCUGGACGAGCUGAAGCGCCGCAGCCAAAGCUCCACGGUGCUCAACACAGAGCUGCAGAAGCAGACCGAGGCGGCAGCCUACCUCUCCUUCCAGCUGCACGCCGCCCGCCAGAAACUCCACCACCAGCGGCUGCAGCAGAGGCAGCAGGCACUCAGGGAGAACCAGGAGAAUAGGGAUCGUCGUCAUGGGAAACCCCCUGGGCUCCAGUACAGCCAAGCAGCCGAGUGGGACACCGCCACCUUUUCUCCCUUUUCUCCUCAGUCGCCCUCCGGUUUCUCCAAUGCCUCCAACGCCAGCUCCGCCAUAGCCUCCCCUGUGGUCAAGCCUAAACGCAGGGGCUGCAGGACCACGUCAGGGCACCAUCUCCGGGCGGAGAGGGCCAGGGAGUGUGUCCCCCAGGAGAGGGUGACGGGUCCCGCAGAGCCCACCGCCAUGCCUGACCCAGCGCUGUUCCUCCACCCUCACCGCAGGCACCACAUGUCCAGGGCCAGGCAUUCCCACUUCCCGGCCCACAGACAGCCUCCUCUGGUGGGGGAAAGAGGGGAGGAGGAGGGGGGUGGAGAGGGGCCCAUGGAGCCCCAGGAUGGCGCUCCUCCCAGACUGGCAGCCACGGCCAGAGCGCCACCUGCUGGCUGCUCAAACCAAGGCUGAAUAACCAGCCCCACUGUGACCAUCCCUAGAAAUGCAUCAUCACUAGCAUCAUCAUCAUCACUAUCAUCAUAAUCAUUGUCAUCAUCAUCAUCAUCAUCAUCGCUAUCCUCAUAAUCACUAUGACUAUCUGAUUUUAUUAAUACUGUAAAUUGACCAUUGUCCUGCACCUUGAUCGAAUUGAUACUGAGAUUAAUUUAGCAUUGUUGAUUAUAAUCCUAUUAACUCUAAUUACUGGUAUUUAGAUGAAUUGCUAUGAUGAACACUUUUUAUAAUUAUACAUAUUGACAUAAACUGAAUUAACCCAAACUUCCAAGUGUACGAACACACAAUGAGGUUGUUGUUGCUAAUCACUUCACGUCAAUUACACUGGCGUUGCUCUAUAUAACGUUAUUAUGGGGCCUUAUUCGAGUGUGGCAUCCUUUGUGGAGGUUAGUUUAACCUAUGGCCUGUAGCCAUAGACCACAGCACCUACUGUGCAUUUACCUUAACCUUCUGUGUCGUUUUAGGGCCAACCAUAAAUCAACCCUGGAUUGCCCUUGUAGAAAACAUUUUCUGACCUCUGUUGCACUGAGUCACAGUUGGGUAGUGUCUGAGCAUCUGUGUAUGUCCUUGCUGUGAACACUAUUGAUCUUUUAGAUCUGCAUCGGUGGCCUUCACUGGAAAAGGUCCCACAGGGCCAAGAGGUGUAGUCAUGCCGUCAUAUCCCACUGAAUCUUUCUUUAUUCCAUUGGUCAUACAAUAGGUAUGCCUAAAGCACACUAUAUAUGUUAUACAAUAAUUGAAAGUCACAGUAUUCCACUGGCCUCACACACAGAUCUUAGUGGGUUUCAAAUAUAUUGUGCCUCUGAGUUUUAAAAAAACACCUUAGGGAAAAUAGACGGAGAGGAAUAUUGUUUAUAGAUGGUUUUGUUGCUGUUUGUUUUGGGUUGAAUUUAGGUUGUCUGAUUUGAUUUCACUAUUACUAGUCAAGCAAAAAGGGUUGUUAGGGCCUUCUGGCAGAUGUGUCUCUUGUCUCAGAUAGCUGAGAAGAGAAAAUGCUCAGUUUCUUAAAUAAAGGGUUCAUAUUGGUUAUCUACAUGGUAGAUUCCAAGCUGUUGAAAGCCAUUAGUUGACACUAUGGAACCAGCCAAUGACAUUGAUUUGCACUUGGCGGACCCUAGUGGUGUAGUGAGAGAAUAGCACCCAAACAGAUGAAGAUGUGUGGUGUCAAUGUAUCUGAAGAUUUAACCUAGUCUCCUUUCCUUUUUAUGGUCUUUUAGUUGAUGAAAAUUGUGGAUUUUGCAUUCAACAUCAGAUAGAAGAUAUUCUUACAUUUUUUAACUGUAUAUCUUGGUAGGUAAUAUAUCUUAACCCUUAUAUGAAUGUACAUAUAUAGUCUGAUAAUAACUCAAUAUAACACAGAGGUAAUCUUUUUAGCAGACACUCUUAGCCAGAGCGACUUACAGUAGUGAGUGCAUACUUUUUCAUACUAGUCCCCCGUGGGAAUCGAACCCACAACCAUGCUCUACCAACUGAGCCACACGGGAAAUGUCAUCAAUGGGUUAUUUAAUACAAAAUAAUUAUUAUUAUACCAUAUAAAAUUGAAUACUGUAAAAGGUAUUAGAAGGAUGUUUUAUUAUGAUUGUUUAACUUAAUAUUUUUUAUGACUUAUUUAACUGAUUGUUUAAUAUAUUAUGUUUAUUAUAUCACAGAUUGUUAUAAAACUAUUAUGUUAUUUUCUGUAUUUAUCUGUCUAUAAGGCAUUUGGAGGAGGCAUUGUCAUGGAAUGCCUUUGAAGAAGAGAAGAUGGGUUGAAUUCAGUGCAGACAUUUAACAUUGUUGAUUUUUACAAUGUAAGAAGAGCUGCCUCAUUACUGAAAAGUAACCGACUUAAACAAUUGCUGUCAAGCCCCCCAAAAAAUGGCCCGUGUCCCAUAGGCGCAACUUUAUUUUUCUGUGUAGAAAAAUGCAAGGAGGUUCUGCCAUGGUGCCCAGAUUCAUGGUCAACGCCUCCAUAAUGGCACUUAACCCUUAGCCUGCAAGCAAGCAAUUUAUCAUGACUGUGCACUAUUUCCUCAGCUUCCGAGAACACAUUCCCCAUUUAAUAUUGAAAUUACAGUAACAUGGCAAUCCUCAUUGUAAAUGUUUAUACAGUACAUGUGCUUCUUAGGGAACUAGAAGUUAGACUGUUAAGCUUUUUUAUUUUUAAAGCAAAUGUCCUUGGGUUAUGUACUUGUGAAAUACUGUACCUGUGCUUAUAGUUGUGUAGGUACAGAUGUGGUUUGUGGCUAUAGCCAGCCAUGUCCAAAAAAUAUCCUUACUUUCACAGGGACACAUUCCACUCUACAACUAAGCAAUAUGAACAGAGAAAACUGACACUUCAAAUCUUACACAUUUUGGACAUUGAAAUGUGUGACACACUGAUAUUAUAUUAUAUCACAGACAAAUAACAAAUAAAAACACUCUCUUUAUUCUUAAUCAAAUAGCUAAACAGCUUUGAUAUACUGUUGAAUCAGAUUGUGGUGAAAGGUGUCUUAUGAUGACAAUGAUGAGCCAAAGAGGCCCAACACGGUUGUAUGGUGUUCUGCCUUAGAGUUGUCCUGCUGUGGCUAUGCUAUGUAACGUUACAGCAUAGCCAUGCACAAUUACAU